UUAAAUAAUGGGGUCUGAGUAAAAUAACCAUUCAUGCAAAAAUAUUGUUGACGCUUCAUAUUUCUACAUGAGAAUAUGUUUAUGAAAUUUGAAGAUUGAAACCACACAAAAAAAAUCUUUUGUGUUUUUCUUUUCAUUUUAGUUUUGGUUGAGAAGCCGCAAUAAUCUUUUGUUAACAUGCCGGAGGAAAACGUGUCUGUGUCGGAAUCGUCGCCGGGAUCACCGGAUGGAAAGAUCAAAUUGUUAUGUAGCCACGGAGGAAGGAUUCUCCCGCGGCCGUCCGACGGCCAGCUCAAGUACGUCGGCGGUGAGACAAGGGUUAUCUCCAUCGCUCGAGGCAUCAAGCUUGACGGUAACAACAAUCAAUAUUUAUUCCCUUAAAUGCAACACAUCAUAUUUGUUCUAUUCUAAUUGUCAAUCAUUAAAUUUGGUUAUGGAAAAAUAUCUCUUAAAUUAUUACUACAUCAGCUAUUGAGCUAAGAUUAUGAUGCGAGAAAUCCAAUCUUGAUUGCUCCCGACUCCCGAGCUAAUUUAACCACCCUGCUAUGAACAAUUGAAUAAUUCCACAAAUGUAAUUAGUGUGAUUUGACCAAAUAUGAAUGUUGCCAGCAUACAUCAUGACCUUUAGGAUUGAUGGAUGACCUGAAAAUUGUCUUCAAUCUUGUUUUAUGUUGAGGGGUUAAUGCAAAACUCUGUGAUACUAAUUUCUGAAUGAAAUGUACAUAUAGAGUGUGUGUAUUAGUGAGAACAAAUUUUGGCCUUUGAUCAAGAGAAAAUGGAUCGAUUAGGUGAACUUUGAUCAAAAGAGACGGUUUGAAAAAAUGUGCAAAUGUUUAUACUAACAAAGUGGAUAGCUAUUCAUUAAAAGUGCACUCAUGUGUGAAAAAAAAAGAUUGUUAAAUUUUUCUAAUGUGUGCACUUUUUAUUUUGUAUUGUGUUGCACUUUUAUGCUCUACAUGUGCACUUUUUGUCUAUUCUGAUACACAUUUGUCAUAUAUUUUCAUUAAAAGUUUUUCAUGAUUACCGAAAUGCCACCGCAUUUCUAACUUAAAAUUUGAUCUCUCAUUCUCUUCCAUCCAUUUUUUCACAUCAAUGGCCAAGAUUAGUUCUUAUUUUUCACCUACAAAGUACUUUUUAUUUGAACUAAACUAUAUGUACACACACAUAUUAACACCCAAGAACGAAAAAUAAUACGAUAGUACUACGUACAUAGUAUAACAAAAAGGUCAUUCGUAAGGGUACCACAAACUAAAAGUGCAAAGGCACAAGACAUACCUCGACACCAAAAAUAAGAUCAAAAGACAAUCUAAAUAUGAGGAUUCCAUCAAAAUAAGAGUCUUCCUUUUCCAAUCAAAGUACGGUCAUCCGUGAGACCACGCCUUAAUCCACUUGGCUACAUCCUCCCCCGACUAAAUUAUGUUCUUUUCAAAAAGGAAACCAUUAAGUAAGAAGUGAUGGGGACGACGGAACUUAUGAAUAAAAAAGAUUCAAUUUAAGAUUAAAUAAAUGGAUAGUAUAUCUUAUCCUGAUCAUGAAUAUUAUUGCAUUUUUUUAGAUUUGAAAUAAAAAUUUAACUUUUGUUUAUAUUCAAUUUCCCAAGAUUUGCUUUAUCCGGUAUCAAACGGGAACUGCAAACACCGGGCGAAUAUGACGCGCAUGGUAUAGAAGUUCUGGCUUCGAAUGAAUUCUGAAUUGACUCUAUUUUAAAUUUAUAAUUUUGUUAUUCUUGCUAAAUGAAUAGCUAAGACCGUGAGGAUACCACAUUCAGACAUGAGACCGUGAGGAUACCACAUUCAAACGCUGUGAUAUAUGACAUUGUAUAUUUGAGUGAACAAAAGCAUGUAAGUCAUUCUAAAGCUGCAAGUACAUUUGUUUGGUUUGGGUAAAACAGAACUGAUGAAGAAGCUGAGAUACCAACAAAUAGAGGGGCAGGACGUGGUUCUCAAGUACCAAGUUGUCCCAGAGGAUCUAGACGCCUUAGUGUCAGUAAAAACCGACGAAGAUGUGGAGUACAUGAUAGAGGAGUGUGAACGGCAUAGGACUGCUGGGGGAUCCACAAGACUCAGAGCCUUCCUUUUCCCAUCAAAGCCAGUGGUGGUGCUAGAACAAUCCCCCUUAAGAAUCAUCUCACCGGAGGCAGCCAUAGAACAACUCUACAUUGAUGCCAUCAACGGCAUAAUCCACCGCAACAAUAUGGUGGAGGGGUCAAAGCCAUCCGAGGAGUCCGGAAAACCCAAUCUUGCCUUGAAUAGUCCGCAGGUUUUCAGCAUUUCCUCUGCUUGUACCUCCCCGAAAUCACCCGAUGAUGAUAUUGUCAGCAGCAGUCAUAGUAAUAAUAUGAUGCUAAAUAUGGGCGGUUUCUUGAAUGGUGGUGGGGGUGGUAUGCAUAAAGUUCAGAGCAUGCCUAGUUUUGGUAGCAGCAACUUGAGUGGUGGCGGUCAUCAUCAUCACCAGCAAAGUGGCCAUUAUACGCCUCCGUUAAACGAGUCUCCGCGAUCUCCUCAUUACCAACAAAGCAGCAUCAUGCACCACAAUAAUCAUUUUCAUGGAUAUCAGUUUGGCAGGCCAAUGGUGGAUCCUUACAGAGGGCCAAAACCCAACAUGAUGGGUUCAGUUAGGUCACCCGGCAGUCCUCAAUACAGAAACCACUACUGCUACCCAACGAGGCAGAGCCAAGGAGGCAGGAUGAUAGGGUUGAGUUGUAACAAAUGCAUUAUGAUGCCUAAUGAUUGUUAUUAUGAGAGAAGAGCGGUCAGAAGUGCGUCCCCAAGUCCUAUACCCCUCAGUCCCCGAUACAGCAGCGGUCAUACAAUGGCAUAAGCAGACUGAGACUACUUUCAACUACCACAUGGGGGUUGGUUCACGUCUAUACCCCCCUCUCCCAAACGGCUCUUCCCAUAUCAACCUCAGCUUUGAUGCAUCAUCAUUAUGAGGAUAUCUGGAGUUGAUAUCAAUUGUAAUAUUCUUCAUCUUGUCUCAGUAGGUGUGGUUGUAUAAGUAGCCUUAGGAAGUGAGUGUAACUUGUUGACAUUGUAUAAAUAGAACAACAGGCAGUUAAACAUCAAUAAAUAUUUUUGUUUAACAGUUUUUGUUACUUUGUUGUUCUUCAAAUCUAGGCAUGCAAAAUCUUUUGCUGUCCUAUUCU